GAAUAUUAACACCUACAUUAUACUUAUCAAUUCACUUCAGCUAUAUAUCUUAAUAUCUAAUAAUAUAGAAAUUUCUGGUUCAAAUGAUAAAAAUAUGCAGAAUAGUGAGAAUUCAAAUGAUUGUAAUCUUUCUUAA